AGAAGGUUGGGUGUGGAGUGUGCAGACCCAAACCCCAAUCAGGACUCAUGCCAGGCCAGUCUCUGCUAACCCCGGAGCCUUCUUCCGACUUGUGAUGACAGUGACAUACACCUACCGUGUAGCUGAUGCUCACCUAGGGACCUUCUCACAGCUCCUGCUCCGAUGGAAAGGGAGCAUCUACAAACUCCUCUAUUGCGAAUUCUUAAUCUUUAUCUCUUUCUACUUCGGCAUCAGCAUUGUCUACAGGUUUAUUCUGAGUGAGAGCCAAAGGCAGAUGUUUGAGAAACUGGCUCUAUACUGCAAUAACUAUGCUGAACUAAUCCCGGUAUCUUUUGUGCUAGGCUUUUAUGUUACCUUGGUGGUGUCUCGCUGGUGGGGACAAUAUGAGAGCAUCCCUUGGCCUGACCGAAUUAUGAACCUGAUCUCAAGUAAUGUGGAAGGGAAGGAUGAGUAUGGCCGCCUCUUGCGGCGCACCUUGGUACGCUACAUCAAUCUGCUGAGUGUGCUGAUCUUGCGCUCUGUCAGCACCGCUGUGUUCAAGAGAUUUCCAAGCAUAGAACAUGUUGUGACAGCAGGGCUGAUGACUCCAGAAGAGCACAAAAAAUAUGACAGCCUGACCUCACUCCAUAACAAAUUCUGGAUCCCCUGUGUGUGGUUCUCAAAUCUGGCAGUGAAGGCACGCAACGAUGGCCGGAUCCGUGACAGCGUGCUGCUACAAGGCAUCUUGAACGAAAUGAACACUUUACGCAGUCAAUGUGGGCGACUCUACGGGUAUGACUGGAUCAGCAUUCCUCUGGUGUAUACUCAGGUGGUAACUGUGGCUGUUUACAGCUUCUUCUUGGCUUGUCUGAUUGGCCGGCAGUUUCUGGACCCAACAAAGGCAUAUCCUGGCCAUGAGACUGACCUUUUUGUUCCCAUCUUCACCUUCCUACAGUUUUUCUUCUAUGCUGGAUGGCUAAAGGUAGCUGAACAGCUCAUCAAUCCAUUUGGGGAAGAUGAUGAUGACUUUGAAACCAACUGGCUCAUUGAUAGGAAUCUGCAAGUCUCUCUUAUGGCUGUGGAUGAAAUGCACCAAGAUUUGCCUGCUCUGCAGAAAGAUCCAUACUGGAAUGAAUCAGACCCACAGCCACCCUACACAGCAGCAACUGCAGAAUAUAAGCGGCCAUCUUUUCUCGGUUCAACCUUUGACAUCAGCAUGCAGAAAGAGGAGAUGGAAUUCCAACCCCUGGAAAAGAUUAAAGAGAACGAGGAAGCAAACCACUCCACACCAUUGCUGGGGCACAUAAGCCGCUUUUUGAGUGUCCAAUCCCCCAGUUUCACCAGAGCAUCAUCAAGAAUGAACCUGAUGAGUCGGAGGAAUGAAAAUAUGCCUCCUUCCCCUUAUUAUGCAUAUCCAGAUGGGAAAUCUGGGAGCCCUACUAGCAUUAAUCCACAAAGGUUUCAUCCAGGUUUCAACUCACAGAAUCAAUGGGAAAAUGAAGAUAGCAAACUAAGAGAAUUUGAUGCCUUCAUGUCUACUCCGUUCUAUGAGAGGCCUGGUUUCUACAGUGCUCCCCAAACACCUAUCAGCUCCAUUCCAAUGAUCUUCCCAUCCAGACGUCUAGGCCGCAAAAAGCCUCCUGCCCUCUCCAGUAUUGUUGCCUGUUCUUUGAAGGACAACUCUGCCAGCCAGUCCCCUUGUAAGGCUAGUGAUAAGGAUAGAAGUCAGUCCUCUCUUGGUUCAGGACCUAAAGAAACCUCUGCAUGGCCAGCAGAAAAAAGCCACAUACCAGACUCACUAACAGUGACGGUAGAAAAGGAGGAAAUACCCACAAGCCAUAAAUUCAAGGAUGUUGUUCCUCUUGGAAGCCCAGGUGCCCUAUCCUCAGGGGACUCAGGAAGUCCCAGUUUUCAUUUCUUUCCUGAGUCCCCAGACCCUGAAUGGCAAGCUAACAGCAAGAACAGUCUAAAAGCAUACCAUCAUCCAUGGCUGACUCGAGAUAACACAACAACUCCAAACCCAGAUCACCCUACCUCCCUUCAUAUUGAUAGCACCAGGACCCCUAGCAGCAAUGGCCCUACCUUUUUUUCAUUCACACCUUUGACAUCUCCAGUGCUUGAGAGAUCCCAUAUGAACAAAGCAAAAGCUGCCAUGGAACCUAACUCAGAUGACACUCCUGGAGUUCCUGAGCAAGAUCCUGCAAUGGUUUCUGGGCAUGCAAAAGACAUAGGAAGUGGAGGCACCAAUGCUCAUCUCACUAAAGAUCAGAGAAAGGUAGCCAGCUCCUCCCCCAAUGACUCUGGCAUCUCUCUAGCAGAGGGAGACCUUGUGGGAUUAAUGGAGGUGAUCAUGGAAACCAACGAAAACACAGCUGAUGAAGGGAAGAUAGACAAAGACAACUAAAUGGAAUGGCCUUACAGGUUCUUUAGGAUGGUGUCAUUGUUCUUUAACCAAGUUUCAUUGGUGAUCAGCCUUUUAAUAAAUUGUGUCAAAAAGGCACCAGAACCAGGUACUGGGAGCUGAAGAACAAUUGAGAACUUUAGCCCCUUAGGUUGAGUGUCUGAUGUGUCUGUUACAAACUAGGAAAAUAGCUGCCAUGCCAGUAAGCAGUUAAGACUUGUUUGUUGGACUGCUUGAAAGCCCCAAAGAAUGGAAUCAUGUCACUAACACUGGAACCAGUUUCAGCUGUAGAUUAAGUGUCAGUUUUACAUGACUAAUGCUACAAUCAGUGAUUCCUUUCCCACUUGUAACAUUUACUUGGUGAGCACUUGUACUAGGGCAAUCAGCAGGUAAAAUUCAUUGGAUAUAUACCAAUCUGGAGAGCCGAUUUCUUUGUAGCAAUACUGGGCAACUCCCAUACAAUGAUUACAGAAGACUAUCACACAUUGAAGAAGAGUUUGGAUUUAUAUCCCUCCUUUCUCUCCUGUAAGUAGACUCAAAGGGGUGUACAAUCUCCUUCCCCCCCCCCAACA